AUGACGAGCCCUGCCACGAUCGUCGCAGGGAAUAUUUCUGGAUGGAAUCAGUCUCUGGACGACGCUACCGACUUUUCACAGCUUCUCGCUGCUGCCGAUCUCGUCACCUGUUCGAUGCUCCUAUUUUCCGGAUUAGCGCGAGGUGUCUUUUGGUGUAAAAACGGCUGGCUGGAAUUCGACGUGUUCGUUUAUUUACCGGUCGUCUCCGUCACGUCAAAUGUCACCGUUUGGGCCACCAUGUUCGUCGCUGUUGACAGACUGGUGACCGUUUUUAGCUUGAAUAGGUGCAAACCGCCCAAGUUCUGCGACCAUCGCUUGGCGAGGAAGUUGAUGAUUUUCGCUGGGUGCCUGGCAGUUCUGAUCAAUAUUCCUUACUGCUUCAUCUACACGUACAAUGAGAACGGAGACCUGGUUACGACCAGCUUCUUUCAUUCGUGGUUGUAUGAUCUUCAGAACUGGCUACAUUUUGUGGUAUUUGCUAUAAUACCAACUGUACUUCUACUGGUGGCGAAUAUGAUCAUGUGUCAAUCCCUGAAGAAGACUUUGAUGAAAAGGCAAUCGGUGUUACAAGGAAGAAACGUACGAGGAGGAAAUCGUUUAAGGGAUCAAGCACGGAUGACCGUGAUGCUGGUUGGCAUCGUGUUCGUGUUCCUUAUCGGCGAGGUGCCAACUCAUUUCGCCUCGCGGCUCAGCGCACUUACCCUCCUCUACGGUGGAGACCUGACGAAGGUCUCUGAAUAUUGGAUGGAAAGGUUUCGCAUGUACGCGACACUUCUGAGUGCAAUAUCAAGUUCAGCCAAUUUCGUGCUGUACUGCUUGUUGAGCCGUCGUUUUCUUUCGAAUCUGAAGCGGCUUUUGAUCGGGGACGACGGCGCACAGAGGCGGAGCGAUACCAUAAAAAGGAGCGCGCCACGGAGCUAUGCAAUGCAACAAAUCGAGUCCAGUGACGUCAACGUAAAUAAAAUGGAAUGCGUAAACGUAUAUUUGUAAUUUAUCGCCACUUCUAUCACCUCUUUGUCUUCUAAACGUGUUUCUCAAAAAUUGUAAUGUUUAGAAUAACACAUUAAAAUGAGAUAUUUCGUA